UUUAGGGCUGUUACUAUGGGAGCUAGAAGUGCAAUGAUACUACAGUAUAUGUGUAGUGUCCCUUUGAAAGACUGCUGUGGAUUGUUAUUCAAGGAUUUUGUGGAGCUGAGGACAGAUUUGGUUUUGGCUUUUGGUAAAAAACGGAGUUUAUGUUUGAAGUUGAAGAGGACAAAUUUGAUCGUGAGAAGUCGUAGGUUUGGCUCCAAGCAUCAUGGAUUCAUCUCCUGCUCUUUUAUGCCAUUGUAUAAAUGUCAGCACUCUUAUUACAUUAUGUUACUUUUAUUUAUUUCAAUCUCACAUAUUUACUAUUACUAUAUCUGAUUUCACUUUUUUCGAUGAGGUAGCUCUUUCUUUCUUUCUUUCUCUCUUUCUGUCUGUCUGUCUGUCUCUCUCUCUCUCUCUCUCCCCACCUCACUCUUACACCUUGCUGCCUCCAUUUGUUCUGUUUCUGUGUUUGCCCCUGAUCUACUUUUAGAUCUCUCUUCAGAUCCACUACUGGAAUUAAGAUUGUAAACUCGUUUCGAGGAUUUUCCAGCAAAGCAGGAGAACAAAGCCUGAAGGACUUCUUUGACAAAGUCACUCAUCAUCACAUCAUCACAUUUUGUCUUUUGAGGUUUACCUCUCCAGCCAGCCAAAAUUCCCCCCAAACGCAGACAGCAGGACCGUCCUGCGCUUUCGCGGCUCGCUAGCAGGAAGGGACUGGUGGCAGCGGGGGUCCUGGGGAUCAUGAUGGUUCUGGUUUUGGUUGUCCUUAUUCCAGUUCUGGUGAGCUCAGCUGGAACAUUAACGCACUACGAGAUGCUCGGCGCUUGUAGGAUGGUGUGCGACCCAUACAGCACAACUACUCCAAGCAGCACCGGUGCUCCAGAAGCGGUCCCGGACAACAGCCUCCUGCAGUCGUUGCCCACUUUUAUCCAGGGUCCCAGAGGAGAACCGGGUCGUCCGGGUAAGGUGGGACCAAGAGGAGCUGCAGGUGAACCAGGACACCCCGGUCCAGCUGGGCCACCAGGAAAUAGAGGUGAACCGGGAAAACCUGGUUUACCGGGACCUCCGGGACCCAGCGCAGUUGCUGGCGCAAUCAGCGCCGCCACCUACAGCACUGUGCCAAAGAUCGCCUUUUACGCAGGACUGAAAAAGCAGCACGAAGGAUACGAAGUGCUCAAAUUUGACGACGUAGUGACCAAUUUGGGAAAUCACUACGACCCAACUUCUGGAAAGUUCACGUGUUCCAUCCCUGGGAUUUAUUUCUUCACUUAUCACGUUCUGAUGCGUGGAGGAGAUGGGACCAGUAUGUGGGCGGAUCUUUGCAAAAACAAUCAGGUACGUGCCAGUGCCAUAGCCCAGGACGCUGACCAAAAUUAUGACUAUGCCAGUAACAGCGCCGUGUUGCAUCUGGAGCCAGGAGACGAGAUCUACAUCAAACUAGAUGGAGGCAAAGCUCAUGGAGGCAACAACAACAAGUACAGCACCUUCUCUGGGUUUAUCAUGUAUGUUGAUUAG